UGUUGUGCCAUAUUUUAAAACGGAGCCAGGCCUACCGCAGAUUCACCUGGAAGGCAACCGCCUUGUUCUCACUUGCCUUGCUGAAGGCAGCUGGCCUUUGGAGUUCAAGUGGAUGCACAAUGACCGUGAGCUCACCACCUACACCAGCGAAUAUAAGUAUAUUAUCCCGUCUUUACAGAGGCUUGAUGCUGGGUUUUACCGCUGUGUGGUGCGAAACAGGAUGGGAGCUCUCUUGCAGAGAAGAUCAGAAGUUCACGUCGCAUAUAUGGGAAAUUUCAUGGAUAUAGACCAGAGGAAAAUGGUGUCUCAAGGACAUGCAGCAGUCCUCAACUUACUGCCCAUCACCAGCUGCCCGAGACCACAAGUGACUUGGUUCAGAGACGGGCACAAGAUCAUACCCAGCAACAGAAUAGCCAUCACGCUGGAAAAUCAACUGGUGAUCCUUGCCGCGACCGCAGGUGACGCCGGGGCUUACUACGCGCAGGCCGUCAACGAGCGGAAUGGAGAGAACAAGACCAGCCCGCUCAUUCACUUGAGCAUAGCAAGAGAUGUUGGCACCCCCGAAACCAUGGCACCCGUCAUUGUGAUUCCUCCGGGCAACAGAAGUGUGGUGGCUGGGUCCAGUGAGAUCACCUUGGAGUGCAUCGCCAACGCCAGGCCUGUCGAAGAGCUGCACGUGAACUGGAAGAGGAACGGGGUGAGGAUCGCCGGAGGGCUGCACAGCUUUGGGAGGCGCCUCACCAUUGGCAACCCGACGUCCGCGGACACCGGGAUGUACGUCUGUGAGGCGACGCUGAGAGGGAGUUCUUUCGACGCAGCCACAGCGAAAGCCUUUCUGUCUAUCACAGAGCCACCGUAUUUUACUGCUGAGCCCGAGAGUCGGAUCUUAGCAGAAGUGGACGAUACCGUGGACAUCGUGUGUCGAGCAAUGGGGGUCCCUCUUCCCACCCUCCAGUGGUACAAGGACGCCGUCUCCAUCAGCAAGCUCCAGAAUCCUCGAUACAAGAUGCUUUCAGGCGGAGGCCUGCGCAUCCAGAAGCUGCGUCCCGAGGACUCCGGGAUCUUCCAGUGCUUUGCCAGUAAUGAAGGAGGGGAGAUCCAGACCUACACCUACCUGGACGUGACCAAUGUUGCACCAGCAUUUACCCAGCUUCCGGUGGACACCACGGUCACCGAUGGGAUGAUGGCCGUCCUGAGGUGCGAGGUGUCUGGAGCCCCCAAGCCUGCCAUCACGUGGAGGAGAGGAAAACAUAUUUUGGCCAGUGGCUCCGUGCGGAUUCCCAGGUUCAUGCUUCUGGAGUCUGGGGGUCUACAGAUUGCCCCCGUCUUCAUCCAGGAUGCCGGCAACUACACCUGCUACGCAGCCAACACGGAGGGGUCCCUGAACGCGUCCGCAGCGCUGACCGUGUGGAAUCGCACGUCCAUCGUUAACCCUCCGGAGGACCGCGUGGUGAUUAAGGGGACCACGGCCAUGCUGCGCUGUGGAGCCACUCACGAUCCCCGGAUUGCCCUCCGCUACGUCUGGAAGAAGGACAACGCAGUCAUCACCCCAUCCAGCAGUUCCAGGGUCGUGGUGGAGAAGGACGGGUCCCUCCUCAUUAGCCAGACGUGGUCGGGUGACAUCGGAGACUACACCUGUGAAAUCGUGUCUGAAGGAGGGAACGACUCCAGAACAGCCCGGCUGGAGGUCAUUGAACUGCCUCACUCACCUCAGAACCUGCUGGCCAGCCUGAACUCUUCCCACAGCCACGCCGUGAUGCUGUCUUGGGUUCGACCCUUUGAUGGAAACAGCCCGGUGCUCUAUUACAUCGUGGAGCUGUCUGAGAACAACUCUCCAUGGAAAGUACAUCUGUCAAACGUCGGUCCCGAGAUGACAGGCGUCACCGUGCGCGGCCUGACUCCAGCUCGCACCUAUCAAUUCAGGGUGUGUGCCGUGAAUCAAGUGGGCAAGGGCCAGUACAGCCCAGAGACAAGCAGGUUGAUGUUACCUGAAGAGCCGCCCAGUGCUCCCCCAAAGAAUAUCGUGGCCAGUGGGCGGACCAAUCAGUCCAUCAUGGUCCAGUGGCAGCCACCCCCAGAAACAGAGCACAAUGGGGUGCUGCGUGGGUACAUCCUCAGGUACCGCCUGGCAGGCUUGCCGGGAGAACACCAGCAGCGCAACAUCACCAGCCCGGAGGUCACCUACUGCCUGGUGACAGAGCUGAUCAUCUGGACGCAGUACGAGAUCCAAGUGGCAGCCUACAACGGGGCGGGCCUGGGCGUCUUCAGCAGGGCCGUGACUGAAUACACCCUCCAAGGAGUGCCUACUGCGCCCCCACAGAACGUGCAGAUGGAAGCUGUGAAUUCCACAACCAUCCAGUUCCUCUGGAACCCUCCACCUCAGCAGUUCAUCAACGGCAUCAACCAGGGAUACAAGCUCCUCGCUUGGCCAGCUGAGGUCCCUGAGGCCACCACUAUGGUCACCAUUGCGCCAGAUUUCCACGGAGUCCACCACGGGUAUAUAACGAACCUGCAGAAGUUCACUGCUUACUUCACCUCAGUUCUGUGUUUCACCACUCCGGGGGAUGGGCCUCCAAGCACGCCUCAGCUCGUAUGGACUCAUGAAGACAAACCAGGAGCUGUAGGACAUCUGAGUUUCACGGAGAUUCUGGACACAUCCCUCAAGGUCAGCUGGCAGGAGCCCCUGGAGAAGAAUGGUAUCAUUACAGGCUACCAGGUUUCCUGGGAGGUGUACGGUCGGAACAGCUCACGGCUCACCCACACCCUCAGUAACAUGACUCACGAGUACAAAAUCAGAGGAUUGUCGUCGCUUACCACCUACACCAUUGACGUGGCCGCUGUCACCGCUGCAGGGGCUGGCCUGGCCACCUCGUCCACCAUUUCUUCUGGAGUGCCCCCAGAGCUCCCUGGCGCCCCAUCCAAUCUGGUCAUUUCCAACAUCAGCCCCCGCUCAGCCACACUCCAGUUCCGACCGGGUUACGACGGGAAGACCUCCAUCUCCAGGUGGAUCGUCGAGGGUCAGGUUGGAGCCAUUGGUGAUGAGGAGGAGUGGGUCAGCCUCUAUGAGGAGGAGAAUGAGCCCGACACCCAGACGCUGGAGAUCCCAAACCUCACGCCCUACACUCAUUACAGAUUUCGCAUGAGGCAGGUGAACAUUGUCGGUACCAGCCCCUUCAGCCAGUCAUCCCGGGUCAUCCAGACCCUGCAGGCCCCCCCUGAUGUGGCUCCCACCAGCAUCACCGUGCGAACGGCCAGUGAGACCAGCCUGCGGCUCCGCUGGGUGCCACUGCCCGAUUCCCAGUACAACGGGAACCCCGAGUCGGUGGGCUACAGGAUUAAGUACUGGCGCCCCGACCUCCAGGCGCAGGCGCUGGCACAAGUCAUCAACGACCGGCUGGAGAGGGAGUUCACCGUCGAGGGCCUAGAGGAGUGGGCAGAGUACGAGCUCCAAAUGCAGGCAUUCAACGCCAUCGGGGCUGGGCCCUGGAGCGAGGCAGUGCGGGGCCGCACGCGGGAGUCAGUUCCUUCAGCCGCCCCUGAAAACGUGUCCGCUGAGGCUGUCAGCUCCACCCAGAUCUUACUGACAUGGGCUUCCGUGCCCGAACAGGACCAGAAUGGGCUCAUACUGGGCUACAAGAUUCUGUUCCGGGCCAAAGACCUGGACCCCGAGCCCUGCAGUCACGUCGUGCGAGGGAAUCACACGCAGUCGGCGCUCCUGGCCGGUCUCCGGAAGUUCGUGCUGUACGAGCUCCAGGUGCUGGCAUUCACCCGCAUCGGCAAUGGAGUCCCCAGCUCUCCCCUCAUCCUGGAGCGGACCAAGGAUGACGCCCCAGGCCCUCCAGUGAGGCUUGUGUUCCCAGAAGUGAGACUCACGUCUGUGCGGAUCGUGUGGCAGCCGCCAGAGGAACCCAACGGCAUCAUUCUGGGGUACCAGAUCGCCUACCGCCUGGCCAGCAGCAGCCCCAACACGUUCACCACGGUGGAGGUGGGCGCCACGGUGAGGCAGUUCACGGCCACCGAGCUGGCCCCGGAGUCCGCGUACGUCUUCAGACUAUCGGCCAAGACGAGGCAGGGCUGGGGGGAGCCUCUGGAGGCCACCGUCAUCACUACUGAGAAGAGAGAGCGACCAGCGCCCCCCAGAGAGCUCCUGGUGCCGCAGGCCCAAGUGACCGCCCGCAGCCUCCAGCUCCAGUGGGUUCCUGGCAGCGACGGGGCCUCCCCCAUCCGCUACUUCACCGUGCAGGUGCGAGAGCUGCCCGGGGGAGAGUGGCAGACCUACUCCUCGUCCGUCAGCCAUGAGGCCACAGCCUGUGCUGUCGAAAGGCUGAGGCCCUUCACUUCCUACAAGCUGCGCCUGAAAGCCACCAAUGACAUUGGGGACAGUGACUUCAGCAUGGAGACAGACGCGGUGACCACGCUGCAGGACGUUCCGGGAGAGCCUCCAAGUUUUGUCUCAGUGACGCCGCAUACCACCUCCUCUGUUCUGAUCCAGUGGCGGCCUCCAAGAGACGAGAGCCUGAACGGCCUUCUGCAGGGUUACCGGAUCUACUACCGGGAGCUAGAGUCAGAGGCAGCCUCGGCCACCGUGUCCAAGACGCUCAAAACCCCUUCGGCUUUACGGGCCGAGCUCGCAGCCCAAAGCAGCUUCAAGACGGUGAACAGCUCCACGUUAACAACGUAUGAAUUAACACGUCUGAAGAAAUACCGGCGCUAUGAGGUCAUCCUGACGGCCUACAACAUCAUCGGCGAGAGUCCGGCCAGCGCGCCCGUGGAGGUGUUCGUCGGCGAGGCUGCCCCGGCCAUGGCUCCGCAGAACGUCCAGGUGACCCCGCUCACGGCCAGCCAGCUGGAGGUCACGUGGGACCCGCCGCCCCCAGAGAGCCAGAAUGGGAACAUCCAGGGCUACAAGGUUUACUACUGGGAGGCAGACAGCCAGAAUGAAACGGAGAAGAUGAAGGUCCUGUUCCUGCCGGAGACCGUGGUGAAGCUGAAGAACCUGACCAGCUACACCCAGUACCUGGUCAGCAUCUCCGCCUUCAACGCUGCCGGGGACGGACCGCAGAGUGACCCCAGGCAGGGGCGCACACAUCAGGCCGCUCCUGGGACCCCCAGCUUUUUGACGUUCUCAGAAAUCACCUCUACCACGCUUAAUGUCUCGUGGGGUGAACCGACGGCGGCCAACGGCAUCCUGCAGGGCUACCGAGUGGUCUACGAGCCCUUAGCACCUGUCCAAGGGGUGAGCAAGGUGGUGACGGUGGACGUGAAGGGGAACGGGCAGCGCUGGCUGAAGGUGCGCGAUCUCACCAAGGGAGUCACCUACUUCUUCCGCGUGCAGGCGCGGACCAUUGCCUACGGGCCCGAGCUGCAAGCCAAUGUCACGGCCGGGCCAGCCGAGGGCUCCCCGGGGUCCCCCAGAGAUGUCUUGGUCACCAAGUCCGCCUCUGAACUGACCCUGCAGUGGAUCGAGGGAAACGCGGGCAGGACGCCCACCACCGGCUACGUCAUCGAGGCCAGGCCCUCAGAUGAAGGGCUCUGGGACAUGUUUGUGAAGGACAUCCCCCACAGCGCCACAUCCUACACCGUCAGCCUGGACAAGCUCAGGCAGGGAGUGACCUACGAGUUCCGGGUGGUGGCCAUGAACCAGGCGGGCUACGGGGAGCCCAGCAGCCCCUCCACAGCCGUGUCAGCUCAAGUGGAAACCCCGUUCUAUGAGGAGUGGUGGUUCCUCCUGGUGAUGGCGCUCUGCAGCCUGAUCGUCAUCCUGCUGGUGGUGUUCGCCCUGGUCUUGCACGGGCAGAACCGGAGAUACGGGAGCUGCAGCACAGGUAAGAGCAUCUCCAACAUGGAGGAGUCCGUGACGCUGGACAACGGGGGGUUUGCUGCCUUGGAGCUCAACAGCCGUCACCUCAAUGUCAAGAACACCUUCUCAAAGAAGAAUGGGACCAGGUCCCCACCACGGCCCAGCCCCGGCGGGCUGCACUACUCAGACGAGGACAUCUGCAACAAGUACAAUGGAGCCGUGCUGACCGAGAGUGCCAACCUCAAGGAGAAGUCGGUGGACGCUUCGGAAUCCGAGGGCACCGACUCUGAGUCCGAGGACGCGCCCCCCCAGCACUCCUUCGUCAACCACUACAUGAGCGACCCCACCUACUACAACUCGUGGAAGCGGCGGGCUCCAGGCGGGCGCGCCCCACACAGGUACGAGGCGGUGGCGGGCGGCGAGGCGGGGCCGCACCUGCACACCGUGGUCACCACGCAGAGCGCCGUGUUUGCACCCGCGGGCCCUGGCACCCGGACUCCGCUCACCGGCUUCUCCUCCUUCGUGUGACGGCCCCAACGGGGCCUCGGCGGACCUCCCAGCCUCCUUUUGUUAAGACAAUCAACUCCAAUAACUGAGCUCAAGCUUUUGUUUAAAGAGAAUUCUGAUAAGUGAUGAUUUUACCUACUUGUGGACACUAGAUUUCAAUUAGGAAGGUUUUUUUAACGGCUUUUUGUAACAUCGCUGCAGGAAGCGGGUUUCUUUGUUUCCUUUUCUUUUUACGAGAAGGUGUAUUUCAGUGGUGCAAUGGCGGGAAGGCUCAGACCCCCCCCCAACCCCCCGGCCCCGGGUCUCUCCAUCCCGACGCCCAACUAGGGAGGCUGCGGGGGGAGGAAGAGCGGGGAUCGAGGGAUCCUGUGUCCAGACCGCUCCUUCCUCUUCUCAACCUCCUGUGCCUCUGGAGAACCAGCUGUGCGCCGGGCUCUCCGUCGGUGACACCGCCCGGCUGGGCUCUGGCCGCCUCCCGGCCUGCAGAGCAAAGUCUGCCCUGGGCUCUGCGCUUUUCCACCUGACUGCAUCCACCUCUGAAAUACUCUCCCUCUGCAGUUUCUAGGCAAGGAAUCAGCUUCCAGGUUCCUGGCAAGGGGCAAGAGAUUGCGAGGUGGGGUCGUCUGACCCGGUGAUGACCCCAUUGGUUGCACCGUGUGACCCCUGUGGUGAAAUAUCUGGUCCUUUUUCUUCCUUUCUGUCCUUAAACCCGACAGUGCAGAGCAGGAAACCACCCCGGGGCUGGAAGGCCCACGCCGGCCCUCACUCAGCAAGCUAGCUCCUUCCCGAGAGCACAGCACAUGGCCAACCCCGCUAACCCAGACAGAACCAGACGGCGCUUGCAGAAUCGUUUGUUGUGUAAGAGGUGUGCAUUGUUAACCAGAGUAUUUUUUAAAUC